UGUGAAAAUAAAAUACAGUGUCUAUUUGUUUUCUACAGAAGUGUUUUGCAGCACUUCAAUAAAGAAAAAUAAAAUGGCAUUUUUGAGUGCCGACAAAUUAGCUAUCAUAUUUGGCCUCUUGGGCAAUAUAAUAUCUUUUCUCGUAUUCUUGGCGCCAUUGCCAACUUUUUACAGAAUUUGUAGGAAGAAAUCAUCGGAAGGGUUUCAAUCAAUACCAUAUUCGAUCUCAUUUUUCAGCGCAUCAUUGUUGCUUUACUACGCCUACCUUAAAACCAAUGCUUAUAUGAUUGUUAGCAUUAAUGGUAUUGGUUGUGCCAUUGAAGCACUUUACAUCUUCCUCUAUAUAGUAUAUGCUCCAAAGAAGGUUAAGAUUUUCACAAUGAGAUGGAUUGUCCUAUUCAAUGGAGGAGGCUUAGGGGUGAUCAUGUUAGUUUCUCUACUAGCUGUGAAAGGCUCAAAGAGGGUUGCUUUAGUAGGAUGGGUUUGUGCCAUUAUCAAUAUAGCUGUGUUUGCCGCUCCUUUAAGCGUCAUGAGGCAAGUCAUUAGAACAAGAAGUGUAGAGUUCAUGCCAUUUGCACUAUCAUUUUUCCUCUCCCUUUGUGCUGCAAGUUGGUUUUUCCAUGGAUUCUUCAUCAGGGACUACUACAUUGCAUUGCCAAAUAUUUUGGGACUUUUAUUAGGAGUUACUCAAAUGAUCUUGUACUUCAUCUACAAGGACAAAACGAAACGUGUACAAGUUAUCGAGGAUAGCAUCUCAAAAUCGGAAAAAGAUAUUGAAAUGAAUAUAAAUUUUGAUAAAAGCGUCGAAAAUGAAAAGAAAGUUGGCGACACAAACUAUGAGCUCGAAGAAAAUGCCUCAAAUCUCAAAAAAGAUAUCGAAAUGAAGAUGAAUUUUGAUGAGGAGAUCAAGAAUAUUUCAACAAAUGGGAAAUGAGGGGAUUUUAUGGUGGAUUUAGAUGCAAAAAAGGGACCUAUUCGUCUUGGAAUAUUUUUAAUUCAUAAGUAUUGUGCUUGUUA